AGCAGCAAUAUGAAGAAGAAAAAAAAGUCUGGACUCUGGAGUGGAAGCUCUUCCUUUUUCCUACUAUCAUCUAUAGGGUCUAUCAUGUGAAGUUGAGAGCAGAGUUUGGGUUUUGACCAAAUGUGGUGUGUAGCCAAGGAUGACUUGCCGACUGCUUCUCUUCUUUUUUCCCCUUAUUCUUCUUGUACGUUUCUGUUAUCUCAAACCAAUUCAUACAUGCUUUUGCUGGUGGCGGUGGGCAAGUUGUCUAUGGCUACAUUUCUGUCUCAUCUUCACAAGUUAUAUCCUGUGAUGAACAUCAGCACUGUGAUUCCAAGAUUUUCUUUGUGUGAUCUGUCACUUGAUUGAUGCAGUAAGUUCAAACUUUCAUUUCUCUUGAAUGGCCAACCGGCAAUCUGAUACCUUGUUUUGGUUUCCAAUGAUUUUUUCUUCCAGUGGAGUUAAGAGAUCAAUUAGGGAAUUUCCUGGAACUUAGUACAAUGGUCACAUAGGAACAGGCGAACAGCUUACGUUUUCAAGGUAAACUUGAAACAAUACCCUUUUGCUGAUUGAGACUUUUUGGAAUUGGGUAGUUCUCUGAAAGAAUCAUCCAAGUCAAGAAUGUUUGAUCAAGCAACUCACAUCAUCAAUUGGCGAAUCAGCGAUUGCCAAAUCGGAAAUUGCUUAAUUGUUUACUCCUGCGAAACCCAACACAUUUCUGCUUCUCUCCAUUGUACCUAAUCCACUUCCGUUUAUCUUUUUCCACUAUUCCAUCCAGUUAGAAAGGUCCAUUUUUGCUCAGGUGUUUGAUGAAGUACAUUGCUAUUUCCCAUUUGCUUUUUCCUAUUUAACUCUCUCCUUUUUCCUCACCGAUUUCCAAGCUGUUGUAGCACUGAAAGCAGGCAUUUUCAUAAGCCAGGAAAAGGGGCAGAUGAAGCAGCCAGAGUCACCAGCUGCUGCUGAAUUGGCACCAGGAGAUGGACCUUCUCCUCCAAGGGAAGCGUCCCGAGCCCGGGAAGUGAAGAGAGGCAUUGCAAUUCUGGACCUCUUUUCCAGGUUCCUUGCUGCUGCUGGGACAUUAGGGAGUGCCAUAGCCAUGGGGACUACCAAUGAAACAGUAACAGUAGCAGCUUUCUCUCAGGUUUUCCAGUUCAACACCAACUAUAAGGAUCUCCCUGUGUUCACGUUCUUUGUGAUAGCCAACUCUGUUGUGGGUGGCUACCUUGUCCUUUCAUUCGCCAUAUCAGUCUAUCACAUCAUCAGAAGCUCAGCUAAAACCAGCAGGAUCAUCUUGGUUAGCUUAGACACGGUUAUGCUGUCGAUUCUCACAGCGGGGGCUUCAUCAGCAGCAGCAAUGGUUUACUUGGCACACAAGGGGAAUUCCAAUGCUAAUUGGUCUGCAAUUUGCCAGCAGUUCACUAACUUCUGCCACCGCAUUUCUGGAUCCCUCAUAGGCUCUUUCGUCGCCAUAAUCUUGUUCAUCGUCAUCAUAAUUGCCUCUUCUGUGGCUCUCUCUCGACGUUAACAAGUACUUUAGCCUGAUCAAAUCAUGUUGUCUUGCUGAUUUCGGAACCAGAGAGAGAGAGAGAGAGAGAGAGAGAGCUCAUAUAAUAUAGAUGAAGCAUAGUUCAUAGCAGGCCUUGUUUUUACAUAUAUGAAGUUAUGAACAUGAGUUUCAUCAAACACUUGAGCAAAAUUCCACA